CACGUGACACGCACAAAGUAAACAGAAACGCCAAUUCGUUGCUUUGUAUGAAUAUCAAUUCCAUUCGAAUUUCAUCUGAAAAACAUUUGGGGGAAAAGGGGGGGCUGUGAUAACAUGAAGGGUUUAUUCUGCCAAAUUAGCGGCAACGAGCUCAAGUUCGUCAACCAGGAAAUGACGCUUCCUGAGGUCUUGGGCAGCCAUGACGUCAGAAUUCACGUGAAGGCGUGUAGCCUCAGCCCGGUGGACCUCAAGUUUCUGGAAGACGUGGGCCUGCAGAGAGAUGCGAUUCCCCUCGGCAGGGAGCUGGCGGGCGUUGUACAACAAGUGGGUCCAAAAGUCACCUUCUUCCAACCCAACGAUGAAGUUGUCGGCAUUCUGCCGCUGGACUCCGUCUGCUCGGGUCUCAGUGAUGUCAUCGACAUGAAUGAACAGUAUCUAGUUCCCAAAGCGGAGAAACUGAGCUGCACCGGCGCGGCGGCGGCACUGGAAGACGGCCUGCGAGCGUACAGCGCCCUCCACACGCACGCUCGAAUGGCGGCCGGUCAGACGCUCCUGGUGGCGGAUGGCGCCAGCCCUUUUGGCUUGAUGUGCAUUCAGCUGGCGUGCUACCACGGCGUGAGGGUACUGACUACGUCGCACUCGCAGCAGCAGCACACCUUCUUGGAGCAGCUAAGACCCAGCGUAGUGAGGGUGAUUCCCGUCUACAAAAACCCAUCGGAGCUUCUUCCGGCGGUCAUGGAGGAGACUGGGGGUCUGGGAGUGGACAUAGUUGUCGACCAAGGAGUUAGUCUGCAAGAGAAGGAGCAGGACAAGGAGGAAGGGGAAGAGGAGGCCACGUUCCUCCUACACAAGCAUGACAUCAUCAGUGCGUUGGCAGUCGGCGGCCACUGGGUGACGUCCUACCAAGACCUGCAACUGGAUCCCCCCGACAGCAGGUUGAUGUUCUUGAAGUCUGCCUCCGUGUCGUUCCUCAACCCUCAAGUGUGGUUGGCGUCCUCAUCCCAGCAGGGACGAUACCUGCACAUUCUCAGGGACAUCAUGGAGAAGAUGUCAUCGGGAAUACUCAGACCUCAGCCCGAGGAGGCGGUUCCUCUGCAGGAAGCGGCGGCCGCCAUGGAGGAUGUUCAACUCCAGCGCAAGAAAAAGGCUGUGGUUGAAAUGUGACCAUUCUCUUUCAUUGGACAGCGAGUCUAUUCUGAUGGGGCCAUUAUUUUUUUUGGGGGGGGGUGGGGGGGGGUCUUGCUGGGUUCUCACAGCGUGGCACACAGUGCCCCUGAUGCUCUAUUAAUGAAUGUUCAAUAAAGCCAAUCGAAGAGGA